CAGUCCACUAAAAAUCCGACCAAAAAUCUGUUAUUAACCAAAACAAUCCUUUUUUAUGUGUUAAUUAUCCACAAGAUCAUUAACUUUACUUUUAAUUCUCACCUCAAUGUUGUUAUCUUGUACAAUACCAACUGUUAAACCCUUUUCCUUAUCUUAUCAAAAUCCCACUUCACAUUCCUUAAACCCUUCAAAGCAUAAGAAAUUCAACUUUAAAGUUUCAGCAGCUGCUGCUGAACCUAAUACUGAUAAUGAUAAUAAUUAUAAUAAUAAUAUAAAAUUAGAGUAUACCCCAUGGCUAAUUGUUGGUUUAGGUAAUCCUGGAAAUAAGUAUCAUGGUACUCGCCACAAUGUUGGUUUUGAAAUGAUUGAUCUUAUUUCUAAAGAAGAAAAGAUUGUGAUGAAUACGAUACAGUCGAAAGCCCUCGUCGGAAUAGGUUCUAUUGGAGAGGUGCCCAUUCUGUUAGCAAAACCUCAAGGAUAUAUGAAUUUCAGUGGAGAGUCGGUCGGGCCACUUGCUGCAUAUUAUCAAGUGCCGUUGCGUCAUAUUUUACUGGUAUAUGAUGAGAUGAGCUUACCGAACGGUGUACUGAGGCUUCAGCCAAAGGGAGGACAUGGGUAUCAUAAUGGGGUAAAAAGUGUUAUUGAACAUUUGGAUGGUCGACGUGAAUUCCCAAGGUUCUGUAUAGGCAUUGGGGAUCCACCGGGCACCAUGGACAUGAAGGCCUUCCUUUUGCAGAAAUUCAGUGAUGUUGAAAGGAAAGAGAUAGAUGCAGCUCUGGAACAAGGGGUAGAUGCCGUGAGAAGCCUGGUAUUGAAUGGAUUUAACGAUAGGAUCACAAGAUUUAAUUUAGGGCAGAAGUAUAAAUAUAACAAAGUUUAAGCUCAACCCCAUCUUGGAAAGUUGUGCUUUCUACGCUGAACCCAUUAUGCAUCGCUAAAUCUCAAGGAUGACUUGCGGGCAACAGUCGGACCGGGCUACUUCUAGGUUUAAUUCUUAAGUUAUAGUGAUUGCAUUAUAUGACUGUGUCUACUAUAAUAGUAACCUUAGUUUUUGAUGUACUAAUGGCUUUUGAAUCUUUCUAGCUAUUCUUAUAAUUUCUUUCACCAUAAUCUGCAAAACCAUGGACCCCUUGUUACAAUUUAUAAUAUGUGAAAUAUUUCUGGAGAA